UUUUUAAUAUUUUCUUGUGAAGGUGAUCUUACUUCAUUAAAUGUUGAGAAAUUCUUUCAUCCAAACUUUGGUACGUCAAGCUGUGGAGAAGUAGUCCUUUCUACUAGAGCUUAUUGACUUUUUACAAUGAGAGAUUAUAAUUUCAAUCUCUUAUGUUCAAAUGAUAUUUUAUAAAACUUAGUACAAAAAUACACCAUUUGGAAAAUUCUUAUAAAUUUUUCAACCACUUUUUCUCAUUCUCAUAAAAAUGAGAACUUUCUUCUUGUUGAGUGUCUCCUUACCUAUAUGUGGGGAUUUAUUCUCUGCCUCUUAAACAAAGGCAAGUCAUGCUUUUUUUUUUCUUUUGUUAAUCAUCCAUAUUCUUUAUUUUUGAGAUGAAAAUAUGUUUUGGAAAAAUAGUUUUGGGCGUCUACCUUUUUUCGAGUCUAGAUAUUCAACAUUCAAAAUAAUAUUGAUGUUGGUAUAUUAAUUUUUUUUAAUAUAUUUUAAAAUUUUAAUGAUUAUAAGUGUAUUUUAAAGAAGAAGAAAAAAGAAUUCAAAAUUCCUUUAUUUUUCUCUUUGAUAAACCUCGCUAAAUUAACAUCUAGUCUACAUAACCUUAAAAUGUCACGUUUUCCUUUAUCAUUAUUCAUUCUAACAAUGUUAAGGGAGCAUAUUGAACCCUUUUAGAAAAAAUAAGAUUACAUGAAAUUAAAAAUAAAUAAAUAAACAUUAAAUAUUUAGCCUAAAAAUUACUAUGACAAUUAGAUGGCAUGAAUUACGAAAGAACACACAAAGUUCAAAGAAACAAAGUUAUCUGUCUCUGUUUCCUUUCCAUGGUUUCAAUGUCGCUCUGUCUUUCUUCUUCCUUUAUUCCUUCUCCCAUUCCCCAUACCAAAUUUCCCACAGCUGAAGAUCCGAUUUUUCGGGUCACCCGCUUCUCAGUUUCUGCUCCGUCAAAAACCAGUGUCUCUGCCUCUUCUACCCGAAAACCAGCUCCAGCAACCAAAACCAGAAACCCGAAAGAUAAGGAAUUUUCCCAAACACUGUUCUUUGAGGAUAUGGAGGAGACACCCAUCAAGAAGAAGAAGAAAAAGAAGGAGAAAAGGAAGAGUGAUAAAGUGUGGGUUCACACUCUCCCCGAAGUCUUAUACUAUCACAUUCAUAAGAAGAACUGGGCUAUUACCCUUGAGUUAUUUGGCAUGCUUAGAGGGCAACCCUAUUACCAACCCAGAGAAGAUACUUACAUGAGACUCAUUGUGUUGCUUGGAAAAUCUGGCCAACCACAUCGAGCCAAUGAGCUUUUUAGCUCUAUACAUGAAGAUGGUUGUGAAAGUACUGAACUUUACACGGCCUUAAUUGCAGCCUAUUGUCGAAAUAAUCUUGUUGAUGAGGCAUUGUCGAUUCUUGAUGAGAUGAUGAACAUCCCCAAUUGCCAGCCUGAUAUCAUAACUUACCUUACCUUGAUGGAAGCUCUUGUGGAUGCUUUGAAGUUUGAAAUGGUUGAGUUGGUGUAUGAUAAAAUGAUUGAAAGAUCUAUCAUGCCAAACACUCCUACCCAGAACCUCCUCCUUAGUUGUUAUGGUAAGGCUGGGAAGUUUGAUCAGAUGGAGAAGAUAGUGUCAAGUAUGAUGGAGAGCACUACAUGCAAGCCUGAUGUUUGGACAAUGAACGCGGUCAUCAGUGUCUUUCGCGAUGAGGGUCUGAUUGAUCUGAUGGAGAAAUGGUAUGAGAAGUUUUGUAGUUUUGGGAUACAACCACAAAGAAGCACUUUUAAUAUUUUAAUGGGAGCUUAUAGUAAAAAAAGAAUGUAUGAUAAAAUGUCAUCAGUUAUGCAGUGUAUGCACAAGGAAAAAUGUCCAUGGACAACUCCAACUUACAACUUUGUGAUUGAGGCGUUUGCAGAUGUAGGUGAUGCUGCAAACAUGGAACGUGCAUAUGAUCAAAUGGUUGCUGAGGGUUUGAAAGCAGAUACCAAGACUUUGUGCUGCCUUAUCAAUGGCUACGCUAAGGCAGGAAUCUUCUAUAAAGUAAUGAGCAGUGUUGUUUUGGCUGAGAAGCUUCAGAUACAUAUGAAUACUCCAUUUUACAAUGCAGUUAUAUCUGCCUGUGCCAAAGAGGAUUCUUUGAUUGAAAUGGAAAGAUUUUUCAAGCGUAUGAAAGAAAAAGAAUGUCAACCAGAUGACACUACAUACUCUGUCAUGAUUGAAGCAUACGGAAAAGCAAAUAUGAAUGAUAAAAUAUACUAUUUGGAGCAAGAAAAACAGAUGAUGAUAUCUGAUGAGAAAAUUUUGAAUGAGCCUCAGUAGACAACCUUUGAUUGAUACGCAGUAUAAAUAAAGGUCUGAAUGCUAAUUCAUCUACCACCCCUCCAUUCUUUUGAAGAAGCAGUUGGGUAGUUUUGCUUCUUUUUUCACAGUGAAUGACAACUACUUCCUAACUUGUGUAGGUUUAUAGUAAAUAUUGUUGGCAUCAUUUUUGUGUUUUGAUGCCAGAUGUAUGGUCCUUCAAAGAUACAAUGGAAUCUUGAGCAUCUCAAAAUGACAAUAAUAUUUUGGUGGCAUUGAAAUUUCUGUUGAAAGCUGGCCUUUUACAGUGAUUACAUCACUCAAAGGUUAUCUAUUCAUGGGCGUCAAUUCACUUUUAUCAUCA